CGUGACUGCCUUUUGCAUUUGGCCCAUUUUCGAGCUCUUGAUGUGGCGGCUCAGCAUUCCCUCAUAACGCCUCUGCACAUAGCCUCAGAAAUGGGGUAUAAUGAGUGUGUGGAUAUACUUGUAAAAAACGGUGCUUGUGUUAACUCUCAAGACUCCAAUGGUGACACGCCUCUUCACAAGGCAGCUCGUCAUGGGCACGUUGAAUGUAUGCGAACUCUUCUUGAUGUUGGAGCUUGCACAGACACUCGUAAUUUUUGUGGAAGAACAGCUUCUGAAUUAGCUGCAAUAAACGGACAUUUUGCCUUCGCAUCUGCGAUGAAUGCGGCAACUCGCAUUCUGAGGCAAGAGAACCUACGUGUCCCCAAUGGCCCACUCUCUCGAAGCAACAAUAUGAUUGCAUGUAAGCGGUCAAGAGAUUGUCUUGCCUCGGUGGGCGCUCUUGACGGAGACCUUUCUGAUAAACGACUGCGGUUCUCGGGUAAGUUGUCCUUGCUUCUUUUUGCUAACUCGUGUGUGCACACAUGA